AUGCCAGCCAACACUUAUCCCACUCGCCAGCUAGGUGCUAACGGCCCUAAAGUCAGCGCGCUCGGGUUCGGAGCGAUGAGCUUCGGAACGUGGUACGGCAAGGCAGACGAGGAAGAGGCCUCGCGCACCCUCACGUACGCCGCCGACCGCGGCAUCACCUUCUGGGACACAUCCGACGCAUACGAGGCCAGUGAAGCGACGAUUGGCAAGUGGUUCGCGAAGACGGGCAGGCGCAAGGAGAUCUUCCUCGCGACAAAGGUCGGCGCGUGCGACCUGCGCCCCGAGGCGCCGUCGCCGUGGGCGCCGAACAGCAAGCCGUCGUACGUGCGGCAGCAGAUUGAGAACUCGUUCAAAGCGCUGCAGACCGACUACAUCGACUUGUACUACCAGCACCGCGUCGACCCGGAGGUCCCGAUUGAGGUCGUGCUGGAGACCUUCCGACCGUACGUCGAGAGUGGGAAGAUCAAAUGGCUCGGCCUGAGCGAGUGCAGCGUCAACGUUCUGAAGAGGGCCAAGGCUGUCCCUGGUGUCGGAGAGAAGGUCAUUGUUUGCCAGAUGGAAUACAGUCCCUUCACGCUAGACCUCGAGACGAACGGGUUCGCCAAAGCUGCGCAUGAACUUGGCGUUGGGAUUGUCGCAUACUCGCCUUUGGGCCGAGGAAUAAUGACUGGGCAGAUCAAAUCGCCCAAGGACCUCGAUAAGAAUGACCUCAGACUGCAAAUGCCGCGUUUCCAGGAAGCGAAUUUUUCCAAGAAUCUUGCCCUCGUAGACGCCUUCCGGGGCGUCGCGGACAAGUAUGGCGCGACGCCCGGGCAGAUCGCACUCGCUUGGAUCCUCGCGGUGCAUCCGGACUUUGUGCCUAUUCCGGGAACGAAGAGCGUGAAGCGGCUUGAGGAGAACGCGAAGGCGGCGGAGAUCGUGCUCAAGGAGGAGGACGUGAAGGCGCUGCGCGAGGCGGUAGAUGGCGCGGACGUGAAGGGUGAGCGAUACCCGGCGGAGUACCAGGCUCUCAUGCAGGAUGAGUGCAUCGAGCUGAGUGAGUGGAAGGGCGAAUAA